AUGGCGACAAGUUUCUCGAUCUCUAUGCAACCUCGUCUCUCGGCUACAACAGCAAGAUUCAGUCUCCAGAAACCGUUUCCGGUUUUCAACAAUGGAAAGACUAAUCUCUCCUUCAGCCUGCAACGUUCAAUGCCUGCUCGCCUCACAGUAUCUUGUGCUGCCAAGAAAGAGACAGUGGAGAAAGUCUCUGAGAUUGUGAGGAAGCAAUUGUCACUUUCCGAUGAUCAAAAAGUCACCGCCGGAACCAAAUUCACCGAACUUGGAGCUGAUUCUCUCGACACGGUUGAGAUAGUGAUGGGCUUGGAAGAAGAGUUCGGAGUAACAAUGGAGGAAGAUAGAGCCAAGGAGAUAGAAACAGUCCAACACGCUGCUGAACUCAUUGAAGAACUCCAAGCGAGUGCCGCUUAG